CCUCUAAUAAUAUAUUUACAAUUUGGUCUUUAUUUUUAUUUAUCUGUUAUUAUUAUUAAUUCUUAGAGUAUAUAGUAAGGCUGAACCAUGUCUUUGUCGGUUGAAACAAAUAAGUCCACACUGCGAAAGCUAGACAUGAAGCUGGAUAACUAUCCGACCUGUGCGGUGGAGGCACUCACAAGAUUGGAAACCUUAAUCGCCAGCCGAAACAAACAGAAUCUAGUUAUGCAGAUCAUAUCAGAGUACAUAUUCCUGGAGAGAAUCACAAAGGAUGGCGACGGGCGAAAGUCUCAGGCGCUACCGAUUAGCCAGUUAAAUCUGUUCCAGGAGUUUCAGCUAAUUAUUACGCUGAUCGAGUACUUCUCUAGGCCAGGACGCGAUGCUACCCGAAAUGCAAUUUUCCUGUCGUUGUUUGGCAGUCAUCUGACGCCGCAGCGGUCCAAGCUACUAUCCAGGCUCAUUAGCACGGCCGUUUCUGGGUCCGUGGCACCUCUUCUCUCCUCAGCCGGUACCUGGAUGCAACAAGUGGGCUGCAAGACGCCGCUCAGCCUGGAGGUGGCCCAGAAUAUAGUCAGCGAUUUUAUAUGCUACUCCCGCAAAACGCCGGAGCAACUGAAGCAGCUUCCUAUGGUGGGACCACACUUUGCGGCCAACUUCAUGGUUUCAGUGACGGAUCUGUAUCUCAACGACCAGAGAUCUAAUGUAUUAACGCCGCCACCAGAUGCUCUGCUAGACACACUAACUGAAUGGAUGACGGAGAACCCAACGUUGUGUCAAGCGUCACAGCAACCUUUGGUACUGCCGGCAGGAGCUAUUGCUAUGCCCUAUGCCACACCAUUGGCUGGACUCCUCCGCUGGGUGGUACUAGCUCCUCUAGUCUCUAAUCGCGCUUCCUACAGUAAUCUGCACCUGUCCAUUCUGCGAACUCUCCAGCAACUCGGAAGCAGUAGCGAUUCAACGGCACUUCCCUUCCAGGAUCUCAUGCAGAUCGUUAAAUCCUUGCAGAGCUACUGCGCACGACUUGGCGAAUCUAAAACUUCUCCAGAUUCGGAUGAAGCUUAUCAGAAGUGCAUGGAGCGGUUUGCUCAGGCCGUCCAAAUUGCAUUGAACUCCAACUGCAUAACUAAUCAGAUUCAGCUGCUCCUCGUCCUAGAGUCCCUGCCGCCACAUAAGCUGAUGAAAAUAGUUAUUGCAUCGCAUAAAAAGUAG